UGGUGGACCAGGAAAAGGAACACAGAAAUUGACCUGGGUGGGGGAAACGUUCCUCAGAGGAACUGGAAAGGGAUUGCCAUCGCUCUGCUUGUCAUCUUGGUGGUCUGCUCCCUAAUCACCAUGUCCGUCAUCAUCCUCACACCAGCUGACAAUCAAGCUGGAAGCAACACCAAACUGACUGUGGAGGAUCUGUUCAGACCUGAGUUCCAGGUCCAUGACCCGGAGGCCAAAUGGAUCAAUGACUCUGAAGUCAUCUACAGAAACAGUGAUGGCCACGUCAUCAAGUUCAACAUCCUCACAAACGAAACAGAGAUUGUCCUGACAAACACGACAUUUAUAAAUUUCAACGUGGCAAAGUAUUCUGUCUCCCCUGAUCUGAAAUAUGUGCUCUUCGCCUAUGACGUGAAACAGGUUUACCGCCACUCCUACAUGGCCUCCUACAGUAUCUACAAUAUUCACACACGGGAGGUUUGGGAGCUGGACCCUCCUGAGGUGGUGAACUCGGUGCUGCAGUACGCUGCGUGGGGAGUGCAAGGCCAACAGCUGAUCUACAUAUUUGAAAAUAACAUCUACUACCAGUCAGAUGUCAAGAGUAACUCCCUUAGGCUGACAUCCUCAGGGAAAGAAGGGAUCAUCUUCAAUGGGAUUGCUGACUGGCUCUAUGAAGAGGAGAUCCUUCAGACCCAUGUUGCCCACUGGUGGUCGCCUGACGGAGAGAGGUUGGCCUUCCUGGUCCUGAAUGAUAGUCUGGUGCCCAACAUGGCUUUACCUCGCUUCACCGGCAUGACAUACCCCAAAGGAAAGCAGUACCCAUACCCUAAGGCUGGCCAACCCAACCCGGCGGUGAAGCUCUAUGUAGUCAAUCUUUAUGGGCCGACGCACACGCUGGAGCUCAUGCCUCCAGAAACACUCAAGCUACGGGAACAUUAUGUGACCAUGGUGAAGUGGAUCAGUAAGACCAAGACGUCUGUCCGGUGGUUGAACCGGGCCCAGAACAUCUCCAUCCUGACUGUGUGUGACACCACCACUGGAGCCUGCGUCACGAGACACGAAGAAAGCUCUGAGCUGUGGCUUUCCAAGCAGAACCAAGAACCGGUGUUCUCCAAAGAUGGCAGCAGAUUCUUCCUGACUGUCCCGGUCAAACAAGGAGGACGUGGAGAGUUUCAUCACAUCGCCAUGUUCACCACACAGUUCAGAGCAGAUCAAAAUGAAGUCCGACAUCUCACCUCAGGGAACUGGGAGGUGACCAGGAUCGUUGCCUAUGAUGAGAACACGGACAACCUUUAUUUUCUCAGCACAGAGGGCUCGCCACGAAGACGCCAACUCUUCAGUGUUAAAACUGUGGGUCUGUUCCCGCGCCGGUGUUUGACAUGCGAGCUAAAUAAAGCUCACUGUCUGUACUUCGAUGCUGACAUCAGCCCCGCAAACCAGCACAUUAUCCUCCGCUGUAAAGGUCCUGGAGCCCCUACUGUCAUCUUACACAGCCUCAAUAAUUCAAAUUACUACAUCCUUGGGAACAACUCUUUGCUGAAGGCAGCCUUGAAUUGGAAAAGGAUCCAGAUGACUGACUUUAGAACUGUUCAGAUAGAACAUUUUGAUUUACCGUUGAAGAUCUCCUAUCCACCAGACUUCUCGGAGUCCCGUCACUAUGGACUGCUGUUGCUGAUUGACAGCGCCCCUGGUGGCCAGGCUGUGUCUGACCUCUUCUCUCUGAGCUGGGACUCUGUGCUGGUCAGCUCGGACAGCGUCAUCGUGGCUCGUCUGGACGGCCGGGGCAGCGGCUUCCAGGGUCAGAGGGUCCUGCACGACGUUCACCAGAGACUGGGGACUGUUGAUGUUCAGGAUCAGAUCGCAGCAGUAGAAUUCAUGAUGAAAUUUCCAUAUAUUGAUCGGACACGGAUAGCAGUGUUUGGAAAGGGUUAUGGAGCGUACAUAACAUUAAUGAUGCUCAAGUCUACUGACAGCCUCUUCAAAUGUGCAUGUGCGAUGUCACCAGUGACAGACUGGAAACUCUAUGCAUCAGCGUUCUCCGAGCGAUACCUUGGCAUGCCAUUACGGGAUGACAGCAGAUAUCAGUUUUCCAGUGUGCUGCAGAACGUUCAAGCACUUAGGGAGCAGACACUGAUGCUAGUGCACGGCACAGCAGAUGCCAACAUCCACUUCCAGCAUACUGCUGAGCUCAUCAAGAACCUCGUCAAAGUUGGAGCAAACUACUCAAUGCAGAUCUACCCAGAUGAGGGCCAUUUCUUGUCUCAGCAGAGUCGCCAGCACCUUUACGCAACACUGACCAGCUUCUACAGGGAGUGUCUUAAGGAGGAGUUACUACCGGUGCCUGAUGAAGAAGAAGAGGAGGAGGAGUAGGUGGGAGGCGUUGAGGGUCAGACCUUGGGCAGAGCUUGCAGAACUUUGCUAAAAUUUGUCAAGGCCUUUAACGUUUGGACCAAGUGUUUGGUGGGACAUGGGCACUGGGUUAGAGCUGCUGUGUGUGUGUGUGUGUGUGUGUGUGUGUGUGUGUGUGCG